AUGAGUCUACCAGAAGACGAAGUGAAUGCCGAUAACAUAAGGUUUUUGCGCUCGCGCAGACGUUCCUCUCCGGAUUCAUCCCCGGGACGUGUUCGAAGUCGAAGGCGGCAUCUACAGUCCUUGCAGGAUGAAGUGAAUAGCGGUAUGGAUUCUAAUGAUCAGCGAAGGCCCUCAGUGACUGUCGGGGUAAGCCGCCGUAUCCCCAUUGUUCGUCGCCGAGAUCCAAUGAGUGGUGUGACCAACUACGAAACUCGCUUCCGCCCAUCAAAUCCCGCCUACACAUGGGUGCCAGGAUCAGAUUACGAAGAGGAAGAAGAUGCUAGCGUGGGUGCUACGAAUCUUAUUCAGGAAAUGUGGGAUGGUAGAUUGCUAAGAGCGAGACAUACGGCACUGGGAUCUCGGGGUGAAAGGCGGGAAGGAUCAGCUACAUCACCCCGUCUAUGGGCCACGGAUCCCAAUGGAGAAUCGAUUCAGCCGUCACGGUAUGGUCGGAGUGAUCUGGCUACUGCUACAUUACUUCAAACAGUUCGUCGCCACCCGCGAUUCUCCUCCAGGACCCGUACCCUACAGAGCUACAUCCUUGACCGGGACCGAGGUGGCCGUGAAUCAGAGGAAAGAGACUGGCAACCUUCCUCUACAACUCCCACUACGACUGCAAGCUCAACCACUUCCCCACCUCCACGUUCUUCCACCAUCAAUCACGGAGAUAUAAUGAGGAAUACCGGUGCAUCAGAGCCCCGAGAUAUGUAUUUCGAAGAUCGAUCGUCAGUUGAUCGUUUUGAAGAAACCAUAAGGUAUCUUGACAGAGUGCGGUUCGCCAAAUCGUACGAUGAGAGCGUACAGUUUGCCACUGCAGGAGAUUUCGUCCAAUACGAAUAUUUGCGCCGCAAUGAGGACGACUUUAUCCUCGAUACGUCGUCGAUCGGCAGUCCUGCAGAUUCUUCGUGGCUAAAGCCAGGGACGGUAUUUGAAGGUUCACAACGUGCUACUAAUCAUUGUUCUACUUCAGCGAUGUUCCAUAACCGGAGACCCAGAUCGCACCAACUUGAUGACCCCAUCGUUAUCAAUGGAACUGAACUCGGCCGGACUGUAUAUACAAGCGCCGGCCGCCGCAGUUACCAGGCGGAUAUUUCUCACGAGUUUGGAGACGGGACCCAAAUGGGAAUGAACAGCAACAGUAGACAUGAACACUGGCCUGUCAAGGUUACGAUACACAGUGUUGAUUAUAAUACGAUGACGCUUUCCGGAACGAUGGAAGCCUACAACAUUCCCGAUAAAACACCCAAUAGCCAAGGAGCGCAUAUUACUACUUUCCUCGAGGGUGAAAUCAUCGAUUUCAACACGCACUCGCUGGAGACGAAGAAUUUCAAAGCAAAUGCAGAGAUUGACAGUUUGUACUGGCGCGAGCUUGAACCUUUUAAAGACCUGUCUUAUGAUGAGAUCGUGAGGAAUCUUGUGAGUAAGAAAUGGCUGACGGAGCAGCUAGCGAAAGGUUGGAUCUUGAUGCGUUGGAAAGGUUAG